UUCUGAUACCAGUUAUGGAGUCUAAUGGGGCACACAGAAGGGGAUCGACCCUAGACCGAUCGCGCAUCAGGCGAGCCCUUUACUGCUGAACUAAUUCUUGCCUCUUGGUUCAAACACCUCGAAGCUCUUUUCAAAUGUUGUGCGUCUGAGGUUUGAUUCGGAAAAUUUGGCCGCGGAGUUCGACUUCGGGUGCUCAAGAUGAGUUGUUUCCCUUGGAUCGUGUCUGUUUAUCAACAAUGUCACGAAAAUGAACGAGAAUGGGUGAAAGUGAACAGGACUCGGAGUUUCCGAGAAUAAUAGAGCUAAAUGUGGGAGGACGUCACUUUAGUACGUCAUUGCUGACAUUAACGAAAAACCGAGAAACCAUGCUGGGCGCCAUGUUCAGCGGAAACUACCAGGUCCAGAGAGACAAAGAUGGCCGCUAUUUUGUUGACGCUGAUGGCGAUAAUUUCGAACAUAUUCUUCGCUAUCUGCGGUUUGCCGACCUGCCUCCCCCAGACUCCAUGGAGAAAGUCUACAAGGACGCCGUCUUCUUUGGUUUGACGGAACUGGCCGAAGAACUGGAACGCUAUCCGCCGAUAAUGUCACGAAUCAUGAAGGAGAAAUUCAGAUCGAGGUUUACGGGUUACCACGAAGCCUUCAAUGAAAUCAUCUGCGCAGCGUCAGACAGUUGUAACCUGGCAAUAAAGACGCCAACUUCCAACGUUAUCGUUUCCGUUCUUGCGCGAUGGAUGCCACCGGCCGCUGCCGACUUUGACGUGAAUCAUAUCUGCAGUUUUGACCGGUUUUCCGGCACAAAAUCGACAGCAGACGUGACGAUAGGGCCGUGGGAUGUUGACACGUUUGAGGACGAUUACAUUCGCACUCUGCACCAGAACUUGGAAGAGCGUGGCUUCGUUGUUGUGUAUAACGUCAUUGGUCCAUGUCAGUAUCGCUGCGAACUAGCAGACGACAGUAAUAUCGCCAGGUUUGAUGAAUGCAGAAGAAUGUUCUAUCGUUUUACAUUCCAUUGGGCACGCUCGCUGACUGCAUUCAAGUAAUUGCAUACGGGUCUUUAAAAAUGUGCUCCGACACCUUUAAGGAAUAUUUAUGUAUUUUUUCUUAAAUGACAUGCUCUUAACGAUGUUCUACACAUCCCAGUAGUGACAUUUUAGGAACAAAUAUUUCAGUCAGGCGCGUUGGCAGGAGUUUUACCGUGGGGUGGUGUCUUAGACUGACGAGCGAAAUUUAUAGUCACGCUCCCCCAGAAAAUAUAUUGAAACAUAAAAAUUACUUGAGUAUGUAGGGAUUUCGACUUCCGAGACCCUCCCUUUGUACACAUGCCUGCCACAGCUUUUUAGAAAUCCUAAAAUUCGAUUUAUCUAAUGGUUCAAAACAAUUAAAACCCGCUGACCCUAGUUUCCGAGCAACGUACCACUUGGGCGGUGGGGGUGGGUGGGGUUUUGGGUGUAAAAAAAAAAAAAAAAAAAGCAUUCUGAGAGAACUGCCAAAGCAUUACAUGUAUUCUACCAGGCCAAACAAAGUUCACGGACCACAACCAGUGGCGUAGGAAGGUGCCAAAAAGUAAGGCAGUGCUACUGGAUUACAAAAGUUGGAGGGGCACACACACACACACACUCACCGCUUACUUAGCUAGCCAUAACUAUGUAAAAAUUGGCAAAGCCCCACGCAAGUCGAAGUUGGUAAUUAAGUAUCUCUACAUGAUCAAGCUGUACACAAAAUGUUCAACUCAAUAGCUUAAGGUAAGUCCGGAAAACUGUAUGUGAAAGAGACUGACUUCCAGACGGAGACAAAACCCAUAGUCACCGCAUGUUGGACAGUCGCACAGUGAGGAUUCUAUAACACCAAUCGUUUUCAGACCGCAGUGCCCUGUACACAACUGGAUAAAUGGCAGUCUGGGCCCCGUUUCACGAAGCCAUAUUAGCGCUAAGAUCAGCUUAAGUGCAUAAGGUACGUAGUUAUCCAUCUGAGAUGAACUUGGCGCUAAGAUCGUUUUGUGGAAUGGGCCCAGAGGUGGUGAAUAGGGUGGGGCUUGGUGUGGUUUGUAGUCUCUAGUCUUGUUUCUGAAAGCUGUGGUUUGUAGUCUCAGGUGUUGUUUUCCAAAGCUGUGGUCCAGCGAUGUUUAAUGAGAGUCUUUGAUUUCUCGGUAAGACAGGACUGGUUUGAGGCCGUCUUUGUCUUAUUCGCUCUUUGGUCUUCCUCUUUGGCGAGCCUGUUUGCCUUUUCAUUCCCACCAACGGCGCAGUGAACUGGAAAUCCAUUACAUCUUGAAUACAGCUUCAAGCUGCAAUAAGCGAAAUUAUUUUACACUACUAUUAAAACUGGGUUUCCAUAAAAGUUGAAGUUGGUCUGACACAGACUGCGAUUGUGGGCCCAUAAAAUGUUUCGUCUGCGUCAGUUGACAGGUCAGGUCAGGUCAUAGCGCUUAACGUGCACAUUCUGAGCAAACUAUUGUAGUGCACGUCUGCCAUGGGCGCAGGUGUUGACUUACGUCGGCUCAUCCGUCCAGGCCAGGACGUCAGUCAGUGACCUGCUACUGCGUUUAUGAAAAUGUGUGUACCAUUCAGGAGGACGAGCAAUCGCGUUCAUUCGCUAGACUGGCUGUUCUCUCUUCUUUUUUUUUCGCUUAACAUUAGAUGAAUGUGAUACCACAGAAGACGAUGGUACCAGUCAUUUUAACUUAUUUUCGUGCUUAUAUCCAAUUAAGGUUCAAGCACGCUGUCCUGGCCA